AUGAGCACUGACCAGGAUCCAACAAGCAGCGACACGACCGGAGGUGAUUCAGCCCUCCAAGUCAAAAGGGCCAACGGAGUCUUCGUUAUCCUUACGCACGAAGACGAGCUCCAGAAAGCUCGAGAGACAGUCCGCCAAAUCGAAGAUCGCUUCAACAGGGACCGCAACUACCCAUGGAUCGUUCUCACGCCUCUUCCGCUGACAACACGGUCUCGGAAUUUGAUUAGCCAACUCACAAAGGGCACCACGACCUUUGGUACGAUCCCGCACGAGCAGUGGCGGCUUCCCAAAUGGAUUGAAGCUGCCAUGGUUCGGAACGGGGACUAUGCUAAGAUGCGACUGGGGAUGAACAAAACUUCGUUACUGGAGCGGCAUAGGUGGCGAUACAUGAGUGGAUUCCUGGCGCAGCACAAAUUACUGGACCAGUACGAGUUCUUUUGGAGAGUCGAUCCAGGCGUGUGCAUCUUGUGUGACGUUGAGGAGGAUCCUAUGCUGAUGCUGAAGAGCUCGGGGCAAAAGUUCGCCUGGUCACUGUUGUCGACCGUCAAUGAGGCAAGUGUCCCUGGAGCGUUGUCUCUGAUUGAGAGAUUCAAGUCGACACACCCAGAGCUCAUUCCAGAUAGCAGGGACGAAGCAUUCCUGGUCAGAGAAGCCGGCGACGCAUUCACUGCAUGCACCUACGGCGUUGAAACCUCCAUUGCGCGGGUCAACUUCUUCCGCUCGCCAGCAUAUCAAGCGUACUUUGAAUAUGUCGAUCGGCAGGGUCCCAUUUAUUAUCACAAAUGGAGCGACGCGGCCGUUACCACUAUUGGAUUGGGACUCCUCGCGCCUCGGUCUGAUACCCUCUUCCUGGAACAUCUCGGCUGGAGCUAUGGCUCGAUCGCGUAUUGCCCUGAUCGCUGUCCAUGCAACCCUCAGAUCAAUAAUAUGGCACUGCACUUGAGCUGCACGCCGUUUUGGACGGAAUUGGCGGAGAGCCCUGAGCUGAAGAGACGCCUUGAAUGCAACGCAGAUGGGAAAUGUAUAAUGUAUGUCUCCAAACCCAAUCUAACCACAGUUCCCGAUCCAAAAUAA